AUGGAGAACAUUCAGCGUCGGUCAGAACACGAUGUUCCCCUGGAACAAUACUGCUUGUUUGUGCACGGUGGUAUGGACACCGAAGGACAAAUGUUCAGUGAUGCAUGGCUCAUCGUGUUGGGUGAGAAGAUCCCGACUAACAAUGUGUCCGGUCGACUCACAUGGCGUCUAAUCGAAUCAUCAUCACGGUUACCCCUUGGUGAAUGA